CACUAUAUCGAUGUGUACGCUCACUGCGUUUCAGUCGGCCUGUGUGUUCGGUGUUGGGCAGUUAGCGUCCACCAUUGCAGUGGUCGUCUGUUAUAUAGUGUUCUACAACUCUGGUGUUCGUGUUAGACGCUGACAUUAUUGAAGUGACUGGGUGUUGUUGUUUUUCUUCUUCUGCUUCUUCUGUUUGUUGUUUUUGUUGAUGGUCGACGAUAACCGAUUUUGUGGGAUCGAAAUCACGUGAUUUACAUAAUCGUUGACGAGAGUGUUUCCAACAUGUUGGACUGGCAUUGCAGGACGAUUAUGCAACAUCAUCUUGCACUCGGGUAUGUGUCACAUGUUGUCACAUGAAAUCACGUUUAUUUGUUCAUUGUUGAGUAACCAUGUCUGACGCAAUUCCAUUACACAGAAUGCCGACCAUGUACAACGGGAGCAUUCCGAUGUCUCACUUAAAAUAUUUCCAAGAUAGAUAUGGAUCUUUUCGAACGCGACAACAGCUCAUGGAGCUGGGAUUCAGUACUAUGUUAACGGAAGGAGAGCAAAACGACAAGAUCAGAAAACAAAUGGCUGAAUACGCGUCCCAAGGUGAAGAUCGUGACAUCAUACCUGCCGGCUCGAUGAAUGGUCAGGGCCAGCCGGCCCCAGACAUGUAUUACAAUGACACGCAGGACGUGAGCUCGGCGGAGAGCCAGAACUCCCAGAGUGAUACGCAGGGCCAAGGCUUCAUACCUCUGAGGAAGAGAAGAGCGUUCAUGCCAGAUAACAGGAAGGACAACAGCUAUUGGGAGAAGAGGAAAAAGAAUAACGAAGCUGCCAGACGUUCUCGUGAGAAGAGGCGAAUACACGAUCUUCAUCUUGAUUCCAAAGUGUACGAAAUCAGUCAGCAAAAUGCACUACUCAAACAGGAGCUUGCCGCUCUGAAGAAAAAGUACGCAAUACCUACGAGCCAGCAGUUCGUUGGUACCGACGACGAGAACGAGUACGACAGUGACCCUACGGCUGGUAUUAGUUCCUCGCACCACGCUAUCGGGCAUGCACCGCCCAUGAGGAUGGUUUCGCCCGGCGCUGCACCACACGCGUCCAUGAUGCCCAGCAACAACCGAGCCAUGUACUCGUCACCUCCGCCCCUCCUUGCCGUCACGGGGGCCAUCCCAGGAGUAAUCCCAGGCCGGGGACUUCCGGGGGCCAACUAUCCUGGGACAAACCCAAUACCAUACUACCUCGUACCAUCUGCUUCUGAACAGCACGGGCUUCACGCAGAAAGGCAGAAAGCACAAUCAGGUAUGUACAAUGGGUCACCACCCAUGCAGAUUCCUGGUGAGAAGAUUUCAAAUGUCAGUAAUGUUCAUUCGUUCGAAAACACUCCCGUUAAAACGGAACCACCAGACCCUGCCACGGGGGAUUCUGCUGGGCCACCACCACUGAUGCCGCGGACGACCAGCUCGCCAACCAUCUCAUCAGCAUCAUAUUAUCUACCUCAAAACCAGAAGCCGGACGCGGAGUCCCGCAUGAAGAGCUGGGAUAACUCCACCAACAGCUACAGCUCCGACGAACAAGAUGAUGAGCCGUUGCAGCUGACGGUGAAGAAAGAAAACGGCUCGGCGGCUCACAAUGACAAGCCUCGCUCCAGAAGUCCCACGUGUUCAUCUUUACCACUGAAAUUACGCCACAAGGAGAUGUUUGCUCCCAUGGAUUCAUCACACUCAUAUUCAUCGCAUCGUCCAUUCAUGGACGGACUGGCUCAACUCUCAGAAAUUGCUCUAGCACAGGCUAAUCCUGGUCAGAUGGUCCGAAAGGACAGCUUCAGCAGCCAAGAUGCACCGUGCCACCCCGACCGAGACCUCUAUCCCAGGGAUUUGGACAGCAGCAUGUACGGGUCUCUUGAUGCAUCAGGAGAACCAAAAUAUCUAGAUCCGAAAUAUCUCGAAAGAAGGAGGAGGAAUAACGAAGCGGCAAGAAAAUGUCGCGAAAACCGCAAGGCGCUGACCAGGCUGAGGGAGGUGAAGUCCGAUUACUUGGAGUCAGAAAAUAACAAGUUGCGAAACGAAAUGGAAGGCUUGCAAGAGGAAAUGAAGCAGCUGAGAGAACUCCUGGAGAAGAAGCGACUGGAAAAGGGAAUGGAAGACUCGCCAACUUCAGAAACAUGAACAGGGAACAACAACAACAAAAAAUUGAUCGUCGACUGUAUGAUGGUUGUGGAAAUGGUUAGUUGUAGUUUGGAAUAGUUUGUGAACAUCACCACUUUGACAGCUGGAGUCUGUAGUCUCAGUGCUAUGACUGAAAUGCGAAAAACACUGUGUGUAAAUGUCGAUGUAUAAUGACAAUAGAUACGGGUUAACACUCACUGACACAGACAUUCUGUGUAAUCCUGUGACAGUAGCUACACAGUUGAACAGUCAGACUAUGUACAGAAAUGGCUGGCCCUACGCAUUGAAGGUUCGUCCACGCCGAGUUCUGUAACUCAUCAUGAACGUCAUUUGUACGUCCUGUAACUAAGUACGUUUCGCAGUGUGCGAGUAUAUGCGAAGUUCUGAGUGACAUGGUUAAGUGUCUGUCGAAGAGUUCAGUAGACUACUCAUUAUAAUAUCACCUUCAGGAUUCUACAAGGAAACAUCAAACAUUCAUUUGACUCAGGUUCGGACGUAUCGGGUUCUUUACAUUUCCUCGGUCACCUUGUUAGAGUCUUAAAUGUUUUGGUAUUUAUUAUAUGAUUUGCGAGUCGUACCGACUUCUGAUAUGAUUCCAAAACUCCUCUUUUGGGGCAGGAGUGCUCAGGACAUGAACUAUUUCGAAUAGCCACUUCAUCCAGCAAUCGUAAUAUUGAACAAGUUUUCAUUCAGGGAAUAUUAUAUACAAAUAUAUAUUUUUUUUUCUUCAUAAAGUUCAGUGUUAAGUUCAGCUAACAAACAUUUUUUUAAACUGCAAACAUAUUUGUAGGUGUUUAGCAUAAAAACCACUGGUUUUGAAGAUAAAUUAAACACUUUAAUAAGUGUUUUGUAAUUUUUAUUCAGUAAAACUUUGUAAAAUGGAAAUUCACGAGAGAAGGCUCUUAAUUCACGUGUUGGAAUAAAGCCCAACUGUAUGUGAAGAUAUCAGGAACUAGAUUUGCAGAGUUUUGUUCCUUCGUUCAAGUUUUUCAAAAUACGUAUGUACUAACUUAAGUUGUUUAAGACUGAUACUUCAGGCAUAUUUAGACCUACGGGUAACGACAUUAUCCUCAGUGGAUGUUCUUUGGGGAAAAGUAGCACUUUGUUCAGUUUAGAAGGUCAAACCAUGAUCAUAUUUCAGAGAGCACCAUUUAAAAUACUGCAUAAAAUGUAAAUGUAUACAUAGGAUAUCACUAGGGAUAGACAAGACAAUAUAGCUGGUGUUAUAUAAAGACACAACACAAUAGACGUGUUUCUUCUCUUUGUGUUACCGAGCUAAAGUGUCUCAUCUAAUCGAAUGAGAUACAGAGCCACACAGCUCUAUAUUUUGAGCAUAUUGGUCCUACAACUACCUCGUCAUAAAAGUCGUAUAGUAGAAUAUUUAUAAAUAUUUUAAUAUACAAAUGUUGCUGUAUUACAAAGUGCACUUAGUUCGGAUAUCAUGUGUUUCAUAAAUAUUUUGUUUUUGUAUGAAUUUAGUUUUUUAGAUUUUUUUCCAGUAGUAGUACUUGUUUCUUAAUUUAAUAAUAUUGUGGUGUUUUGGUUUAUAUGGCUUAAAUGGAAUUGCACCGAACGUAAUAAAUAACUAAAGAGUAAAUAAUGCUAUUCACCGUAAUAAUGAUGUCAUUUAUUUUGAAUUUGACAUCCAUCUUGGGUUCAAGCUCUGUUUUUGUCAAUUUAAUGUUGUGCACUGGACAGAAAAAACGAAGAAAAAACAAUCAAUAAAUGGAUUCACCACAGGGGUUAGAUCCUGCGACUAAAGUACAUCAGGCGUACGCUCUACCCACUGAGCUAGGUCAGUCUCCCCCCUCCCCCCUCCCCCCCCCCCCCCAGCCCACACACACUCCUUAGAAUCGAUGGCUUAAACUACGAGACCGAGGCUGAUGAACGUACAUCUACCCGGAAUCGCCCUUCGAUUGUAUUUCCAUGGAGUGUUUUGGAAACAUGCUAUGGUAGAUAAUAUUAAUAGUCGAGAUAACACGAGAUCACACACUAAGUGCAUAGUGCUGUUUCCCUCGUACGUAUUUUGUUUUCAUAACUCCAAUGAAACAUGCACUCUACUCCUUGGCGGAUGUUUAGGCAUGUCACGAUGGAAUUGCAGGGAUAAAAUGCAAAAUCUGUUAGUGCGGUCAGCAGCUAGGCAUUGAUUUCAAUGGGUCUGCCGAGUAUCACCAAUAUUUAAAUUUGAGAUAAUUCAAUAAUAAAGAAUCAAAUCGUUUCAAAUUAAAGAUGGAAUACGUCAACAGUUAAUUGUUAUUAACUAGUAUGGGGUUGUUUUUUGUGUUUUUAUAACUUUUAGUGGAAUUCCAUUUAAAACUUAGUUAAGAAUUAUGCUUUCAACAGUAAAAUUAAAUAGCUUAAUUAAAACAAAAAAUUCCAUUUCAAGUUAAAUAAUCAAACACAAAUCGAUUCUUGUUUGAUUAUGCGUUUUAGUUUGAUUGCUGGCUCUUAUCAUAGAAUUAACUGGAUAUGUGUUGUUUAUCUUUUUAAUUACCUGUAUUUCGUUUUCUACACUGUUUUUAUAUUCAUAGCAGCUUCAACUGUUUUAUAAUUUACAAUGGUAGGGCUAUGUAUUACAAGGAACAUUCGCGGGUGUUACCGUCUUCAAUCACAAUAACCCGACGAGGAUGUAUGUGCAAGACAACAUUUCCGAACAGGAAGUGUACGGGUUUCUUCGUUUCACCUGUAUAUUUGUACGGUGCAGUGUUGUUUAUGUCGUCCCAUGCUGCUGAUACAGACAAAACAACCCUUGCACAACAUGUGACAUGUUCAGUGCUGGGGUAUUUAAGCAUUUAUUUCUUGGUUAUUUUUCUUUUCGCGAAUGUUUGUGUUGUUGCCGAGCUAUACAUCAACGCUGGCAUGCAUACACAAGCCGCACACUAACACACGCACGCACACACACGAAUACGUACAUACACACACAUUUGCACGCACAACACGCACACACAUGUAUGCAUAGAUACACACACAUACAACACACACACACAAAC